AAUCCGGGAGGGUCGGCGGCGGCGGCGUUUUUCCCUCAGGGCAUGCGCGUGCUGGUGGUGGACGACGACCCGCUGUGCCUCAUGAUCCUCGAGCGCAUGCUCCGCCGCUGCAACUACCAAGUGACGACGUGCAACAAGGCGACGACGGCGCUGGCGCUGCUGCGCGAGGGGCGUGAGGCGUACGACCUGGUGAUCAGCGACGUGUACAUGCCCGACAUGGACGGCUUCAAGCUGCUCGAACGCAUCGGCCUCGAGAUGGACCUCCCGGUCAUCAUGAUGAGUGCCAACGGCGAGACAAGUGUGGUGAUGAAGGGCAUAACGCACGGCGCCGUGGACUACCUCUUAAAGCCCGUGCGCAUUGAGGAGCUCCGCAACAUCUGGCAGCACGUCGUGCGCCGCCGCUCUCACCACCACGCCAAGGCAAGUACUACUGCCAGGCAUGCGUGAGUAUGGUCUGGAACAUGGGGCAGGAACAUGCUUAGGUUGCUGCUAUUCAUUCGCUCUCCUCGCACCCUUGCUGCUCCCCCCAGUCCCCCCCUUAUGAAGGAACUAGCUUUGAGGAGAAAAAGAUAGAUUGGGUAGGGAGCCAAGAGACUCUUUUGUACAAACAAGGAGCAAGGAAGAGAUGGAGGGGAAGGUCUCCCAUUGGCCGUAAUGUAGACCAAUGGGAGAGGUAGCUUGGAGGACAAGCAACCACAAAGUGUGGUGCUUGGUGAUUGGUUGGGUCGUGGGACCAAGGACCAUUUGGUUGGAAUAGUGCCAACCAAAUGUCUAGGACCAAAUCCAAUCUUGACCAACCCAAAUGUGGGGUUAGUCAACCCAACCAACAACCCCCCAAUAAAUAUAAUGACUACACCUCCUAAUUUAGGCAUGCAUGUUGUAAACAUAUAUAUUUUACAACACAACCCCCCAACAUGCAUAAGACUAGAUGUCGUGAAUCAAGAGGCAGACGAGGGAACAGGGGGAGCGAAUAGUGCUGCAACUCCCCAAGAUCCUUACACUUGAGCCGGAUUCCAAGCCCACGCUUGACGCGCUCGAGCUCGGCAGAGUCGGCAGUGAUGAGGAUCAUAUCGUCGACGUAGACGAGGAUGUAGAAAGGGGAGGGGGAGCUGCCAGACAGAGUCGGAAGGAAAGGGGAGGUGGAAGCCUGCAGGGCGCUCCAUGUAAAUGAGCUCGCGCAAGAUGCCCUAGAAAAAUGCGUUGGAGACGUCCAUGGAGUGAAUCUCCAUGUUGAGGCGAGCGGCGAGGUCAAGCACUGCGCGGAUGGUAGCGGGCUUGGCGGUGGGAGAGAAAGUGUCGAAGAAGUCGUCAGCGUGGCGCUGGGUCAAGCCCUUGGCGACGUAGUGGGCCUUGUAGACCGGCGGCUCGCCAGGCAGCUGCUUCACCCGAAACACCCACUUCC